CACGUUCUUCCUAAUAAUUGAAAUAUUGGAAUUGAAUAACCUCUACACUUUACCCGAUGCAGGUCAAGACUCAUCGAAAGUGUUCAUGUUUUUUCACUUUGGAAACGCUCGUAGUUUUUAUUCUUGAUGCAUGAGGUCACCUCGCCUGUACUAAUAACCAGUGGCCUCGCUGUAAUGUUGCGAUAUGUGAGCCAGCUCACUGGACACAGGUCCGUCUCCUGUUUGUGGCCGGAGAAAUCAUGAUGGCUGUUUUGGAAAGAAUAGUGAGGCAUGUUUAUAUUGGCAAAAAGUUUGUGCUUUACGAGAACGCUGUCACUCCGCUUAGUGGAUUUAAUAAAGUGUAUUUUAAUAUUGUAAUUCUAUGGCCUUCUACAGCACUUGUGCUUCCUGUUACUGUUGACUGACUCGUAAUUAACAGGUAGCCUACCGCUGAAACAUACAGUAUGUUUGAUUAUGUGACGUAUUAGUUUAAUAAUAAAACCGCCCAAAAUGGGCGGAGAUCUGGGGGGGGAAUUCCCGGCUCCGUCUUUUAAACUCAAUACAUCACCUCUCUAGUAUUAGUUGAAACUUGACGUUGAAAUGAUAAAGUGUGAUAAGACCGUCCACAACAUGAACUUGUGCAAGCCUUACGCGGAGAUAUUCGAGCAGCCGAAACAGAGGGGCAUGCGGUACCGGUACAAGUGCGAAGGGCGAUCGGCGGGCAGCAUCCUGGGGGAGAGGAGCACCGACGACAACAAGACCUACCCCACCAUUCAGAUUUUUAACAUAUUUGGUAAAGGGAAGAUCCGCGUGUCAUUGGUGACGAAGAAUGAGCCGUACAGACCACACCCCCACGAGCUGGUUGGCAAGGACUGCAAGGACGGGUACUACGAGGCUGAAAUGAGCGCGGACCGUAGGAUCUAUGCCUUUCAGAACCUGGGGAUACAGUGCGUCAAACGGAAGGAGGUGAAGGAAGCCAUAAUGCAGAGGAUGAAACAGUGCAUCAACCCCUUUAACGUGCCACAGGAGCAGCUGCUGCAGAUCGAGGAGUACGACCUGAACGUGGUGCGCCUGUGCUUCCAGAUCUUCCUGCAGGACAAGAUGGGCCGCUAUGUGCAGGCCAUGGAGCCUCUGGUCUCCAACCCCAUUUUCGACAACCGUGCCCCCACCACAGCCGAGCUUCGCAUCUGCCGCGUCAACAGGAACAGCGGCAGCGUGAGGGGAGGGGACGAGAUCUUUCUGCUGUGCGACAAAGUCCAGAAAGAUGACAUCGAAGUGCGGUUCUUUAGAAAGAACUGGGAAGCGAAGGGCAUCUUCUCGCAGGCCGACGUGCACAGGCAGGUCGCCAUCGUCUUUAGGACUCCCCCAUACUUCAGUGCCUCCGUCACCGUCCCCGAGGCCGUGGGCAUGCAGCUGCGCCGCCCCUCCGACCAGGCAGUCAGCGAGCCACUGGAGUUCCGAUACCUGCCUGACGAUAAAGACCCCUUUUACUGCAUCGCUAAAAAACGGAAGGUCGAAGAAUUGAUGAAGGUCCUUCCCAACUUCAACGGUGUGAAUCAUCUCAACAGAGUGAAACCACAGGCAACUCAGAUUAAGAAAGAGCCCGGUAACACAUACACGAAGGCGACCACAGCCAAUGGCAUGCAGAAGCCUCUGUCAGCCCUCAGUGGCACCUCGCCAUACCUGAUGGCCAUGCACGCCGUGGCGCAGCCUGCGGUUUCCAUCGCCCACGUCACGCCGCCGCCAAGCAUCCAGGCCGCCGCUGGCAUGGGGAUGCCGGAUCCGCACGGUAGCUCCCCCUUCUCCGACUUGCCCCAGCUCACCGAGGGCGACCUACAGUGCCUGGGCACGGUGGGGGACGGCCAGUUGCAGCAGAGAGGCCUCACCCAGGGCAAGGAGGCGGCAUCCGGAUCCCAGCCCACCUGGGCCUCCUACGGCUUCCCGUCAAACCAGGGCAUCCUGAAGGGCGGGAUUAGGCCCUUCUCCUACCCCGAUGACGUGGACUGCGACAGCAUCCUGGAGAGCUUUGCCCAGCCGCCAGUGUUCCCAGUCAAACAGGAGCUCAUGCUGGAGCAGCCAGGGCACGUCAACGGGGCGUCACCCGAGAGCGCCAUGCGGCACCGCAGCCUGGCACCCUGCCAAGUACACAAUGGCACCACCCUAGAGACUCUCAGACAUACCACGGGCAAGGCGGGAAACCUCGACCUCAACCUGAUGGUGAAUCAGUUCAACGACGUCAACGGCGACUUUGGCAGGAUGAACUGGCAUUAGGCCAGUCAAGGUACUAGUUUGCAAGUAUCUCACUGGCUUCGACAGUGGUCUGAGGCUUAAUGAUGAUUAACAAGAGCAAGUCUCCACGUUCUCAAAACAGACCUAAUAGGGCUUUCUGGGUUUCCUCCCAACGUCCGGAGGGUCAAAAGAGUAAUGGAUCUAUAGGAGGUAAUAUCCUAUAGUAGGUUAUCUUGGUGUAAGGUUUAUUUUAAGGCUUAAGUAUUUGUGCUUGUGUAUAUAUACAUGAUAUAUAUACAUGAUAGUUGUACAUAUGGUAUAUAUGUAAUCUCAGAAGCCGUUCACGAGGGUUUUAGAAUGAAUGUCUAAUCUGAAAACUAUUUGGACUAACCAAUGUUUGGUUCAUUUAAUGGUAGUCGUAAUUAAUUCUGUUCCUCAGAAUGAAGUAAAAGGGAUGUACUUUUCCCUCGUAAUGGCUAUGUCAUACUUACAGCGUAAGGUUCUCAGUGCCGUGGCCAAAUCAAACCACAGUCUCUAACAUAAGUUGUUGCUUUUCAGAGGUAAAUCACUUUGGUACCAUUUUACAAUAAGGCUGCCCUUUGUAGUAACUCAAGAAUAAGAAAACUGUGGUAUAACUUGUGUAUAAUUGUCUAGUAAGGAUUUACAAAGUCUUACAACCUAGGUAAUAACCUGCUUAUAAACCAUUAAUAACCCCUUUAUAAGGGUAGCCUUAUUGUAAAGUGGACCCAUCACUUUUUACAAAUUGAUUGUGUUUUCUCAAAAUGGGCUUGAGUAAGGGGGCUCCCCACAUUCCAGCUCGUCCUUAAACUCUAGCAAUUGACCAUUCUUUCUUAAUAUCAUAGUUUUAUAUUUUUGAUAUUGUGGUGUUUUCAUUGUGAUUCCUCAGUGUAAUAUUCACAUGCUUCUUAAUAAAUAUUUAAUUUGA